UUCAUUCGGCAUUGUUCGAGAGCGCGUGUUUCCCGCCGGAGUUCAUAACAGAGAAGGUUUUGCGAGCGAGCUAGAGCAGUAUGGAAAGUGAUUUAAAACGAGCUGCUCGUCUGGAAUAUCUGAAACUGAGACAGUCCAAGCAAUCGGAGAAAGUUGACGCUGUAAAGAAUUGCUUCACAGAAAAUCAACAAACCAUUAAAGAGUUGCUAUGGAAAAGGAAACAAAUACAAGGAAGUGAGAAACAGCAAGUUGUACCAUACAUUUCUCCAGCUGAACAACUACCGUCCACAAGAAAAUGCUCUGCUUAUAGUGGGUUUGGACAUGGUACUCAACACACUGUUUUGAGGACACUUUAUGCUGUUCAACCACUGCCACAGUUCUUUACAUGGUCUCCUCUACAGCAAAACUACAUGGUUGAAGAUGAAACAGUCCUACAUAACAUUCCUUACAUGGGAGAGGAAGUCUUAGACCAAGAUGGAUCAUUCAUUGAAGAACUUAUCAAAAACUAUGAAGGAAGAGUACACAACACUCCAGAACAUGUGUUUGAUGAAGCAGCCCUAACAGAUGAUCUGUUGGUUCAGCUGGUUGAAGCCUUGAAGAAAUACAAGGAGUCUGCCAAGAACAACACUGAGACUGAGGUAGCUAAAGAAAAGGACAUUGGAAAAGGUGAAGCUGCUGAGAGUUCAUCAAAAGAUGUUCAAGAGAAACCUGCAGAAGCAGCAGAGAAGCAUGAUGAGCUGUUUGACGCUAUUGCAUCUCUCUUUCCUGAUAAAGGAUUAAUGGGAGCUGAAGUUCACCGCAGGUAUAAGAAUGUGCUGGAUCGCAAAAAUGGUGAAUUACCUCCAGAAUGUACUCCAAAUAUUGACAGUCCCAAAGCCCAGUCUGUGUCAAGAGAACAGAGUUUACACUCCUUUCACAUGCUGUUCUGUAGAAGAUGUUACAAGUACGACUGCUUCAUGCAUGGUUGGCGAACACUUCCUACACAGAUAAAACGAAAGAGUCCUGUUGAUCUGCAAGAAACAAGCCCUUGUGGAACUGACUGUUAUAUGCAUGUUAAGAAUCUACAUGAAGAAGAGGCCAGUGGUAAAUCAUCCGAGGCCGUCAGCACCAGACGAAGAAGUCGAGCCAGCAGUAAGGAUAAUAAAGGAGGGAAAGGAAACUCUAAAGCGUCAGGAUUUCCCAGUCCAGAUGGUGCAGCGCCAACUGGCGGUAACAGUCCAGAACAUUCAUUCAUCACCACCGAAUGGACAGGAGCAGAGGCAUCGCUAUUCCGUGUUUUGAGACCAAUCUACUGUAACAACUACUGCAGUAUUGCAAACCUGAUUCACUCAAAGACUUGUAAAGAGGUAUAUCUGAGGGCAUUACAAGAGUCACAUGAGCCACUACCAACAGCUGAUGAUCAGGAUACACCACCAAGGAAAAAGAAAAGAAAACACAGAAUGUGGUCACUACACUGUAGGAAGAUUCAACUGAAAAAAGACAGCACCUCUACACAUGUGUAUAACUAUAUUCCGUGUGACCAUCCUGGACAACCAUGUGAUCAAUCAUGUAUCUGUGUGGCGACACAAAACUUCUGUGAGAAGUUCUGUCAAUGCAGCACUGAUUGUCAAAACCGCUUCCCUGGCUGUCGUUGUAAAGCGCAGUGCAACACCAAACAGUGCCCAUGCUUCUUAGCGGUCAGAGAAUGUGACCCAGACCUCUGUCAGACAUGUGGAGCCGAUACCUUUGAUGGAACAACUAACAUUUCCUGUCGGAAUGUCGGCCUUCAACGCGGUCAGCGAAAGCAUCUUUUGCUUGCCCCCUCUGAUGUGGCUGGCUGGGGCAUCUAUAUCAAGGUGUCUUGCAAAAAGAAUGAAUUCAUUGGCGAAUACUGUGGAGAGAUCAUUUCUCAGGACGAGGCGGACCGCAGGGGAAAAGUUUACGACAAGUACAUGUGCAGCUUCUUGUUCAAUCUUAACAAUGACUUUGUCGUGGACGCUACUCGUAAGGGAAACAAAAUCAGGUUCGCCAAUCAUUCCAUCAGUCCAAACUGUUACGCCAAAGUGAUGAUGGUGAACGGUGAUCACAGGAUUGGUAUUUUUGCUAAACGUGAUAUUGAAGCUGGAGAGGAACUGUUCUUUGAUUAUAGGUACAGUGCCACGGACGCUCUCAAGUUUGUGGGAAUUGAACGAGAUGUUGACUUUGCUUUGAGAUGAAAUAUCACUGUGCGUAAAAACACAUGCACUGUAUACUAAAGAUAUCAAACAACAUAGUUAUGCUCAACUAACUCGUCUAUUACUAUAAGUAUAUUUUGCUGGAUAUAUGUUAGAAAUAAAUGCGAUCAUUUUUGUUACGA